AUGUGGUUUGUGGCGUCGGUGCAUGAGUGGCAUGCCGUCUUGUCUCUCGCUUCCCCCCCGCCCCCCCCGUUCAACCCCCCAGGCCCGGCAGCGGACCAGUGGUCAGUGGGAGUGCUGCUGUACGAGCUGCUGGUGGGGAUCCUGCCUUGUUUGGAGGAGAUCGAUCGCUGUCCCACUUGCGUCUACCGCAUUCUUCUCUGCUCGCUCCCUGCUUUCCCGCCUGCGCGCCCUCUCAGGCCCUGCAGUCGACUGAUGGUCAGUGGGAGUGCUGCUAUACGAGCUGCUGGUGGGGAUUCCCCUGUCUGGUGUCGAGCUCUUACCACUCGAUUCCAUCCCAUUCCACUCGCUCUUGGUUUCGCCUCUCUCUGUAUUCAUCUCUAUGCGUUCCCAGGCCCAGCAGCGGACUGGUGGUCAGUGGGAGUGCUGCUGUAUGAGCUGCUGGUGGGAAUUCCGCCCUUCAACGCCCCCUCUCCUCAGCAAAUCUUUGACAACAUAUUGAACCGCGACAUCACAUGGCCGGCUGUGCCAGAAGACAUGUCAUACGAGGCGAAAGACCUUAUAGACAGGCUUCUCACUUUCGACCCGGAUGAGCGUCUAGGCGCCCAGGGAGCAGACGAGAUCAAGAGGCAUCCCUUCUUUCGCGACAUUGACUGGGACACCCUCUCCUCUGAGAAGCCCCCGUUCGUUCCCGAGCCAGAGAACGCACACGACACGAGCUACUUUGCAUGCCGCUACGGGACAAAUGCACUGGAAGGCGGGGAGGGCGUGGUGGGCGGGGCAGGGGGAGAUGCGCGCAGCAGCAACUACAGCAGCAGUGGCGGCAGCACGAGUGAUUCAGAGGACCUGGAGAUGGAAAGGGUGAGGUGGGGGAUGGGGGAGGUGGCUCAGCACAAAGGCAUCUGGAGGGAAGGAGGCAUCCGACCAUCCUUUGACACGAUGAGGCAGGUGACAAUCCAACUUCUCUCUCACCCCUCCCACCCGUUCCAAUCCAACUUCUCUCUCACCCCUCCCACCCGUUCCAAUCCAACUUCUCUCUCACCCCUCCCACCCGUUCCAAUCCAACUUCUCUCUCACCCCUCCCACCCGUUCCAAUCCAACUUCUCUCUCACCCCUCCCACCCGUUCCAAUCCAACUUCUCUCUCACCCCUCCCACCCGUUCCAAUCCAACUUCUCUCUCACCCCUCCCACCCGUUCCAAUCCAACUUCUCUCUCACCCCUCCCACCCGUUCCAAUCCAACUUCUCUCUCACCCCUCCCACCCGUUCCAAUCCAGCUUCUCUCUCACCCCUCCCACCCGUUCCAAUCCAACUUCUCUCUCACCCCUCCCACCCGUUCCAAUCCAACUUCUCUCUCACCCCUCCCACCCGUUCCAAUCCAACUUCUCUCUCACCCCUCCCACCCGUUCCAAUCCAACUUCUCUCUCACCCCUCCCACCCAUUCCAAUCCAACUUCUCUCUCACCCCUCCCACCCGUUCCAAUCCAACUUCUCUCUCACCCCUCCCACCCGUUCCAAUCCAACUUCUCUCUCACCCCUCCCACCCGUUCCAAUCCAACUUCUCUCUCACCCCUCCCACCCGUUCCAAUCCAACUUCUCUCUCACCCCUCCCACCCGUUCCAAUCCAACUUCUCUCUCACCCCUCCCACCCGUUCCAAUCCAACUUCUCUCUCACCCCUCCCACCCGUUCCAAUCCAACUUCUCUCUCACCCCUCCCACCCGUUCCAAUCCAACUUCUCUCUCACCCCUCCCACCCGUUCCAAUCCAACUUCUCUCUCACCCCUCCCACCCGUUCCAAUCCAACUUCUCUCUCACCCCUCCCACCCGUUCCAAUCCAACUUCUCUCUCACCCCUCCCACCCGUUCCAAUCCAACUUCUCUCUCACCCCUCCCACCCGUUCCAAUCCAGCUUCUCUCUCACCCCUCCCACCCGUUCCAAUCCAACUUCUCUCUCACCCCUCCCACCCGUUCCAAUCCAACUUCUCUCUCACCCCUCCCACCCGUUCCAAUCCAACUUCUCUCUCACCCCUCCCACCCGUUCCAAUCCAACUUCUCUCUCACCCCUCCCACCCGUUCCAAUCCAACUUCUCUCUCACCCCUCCCACCCGUUCCAAUCCAACUUCUCUCUCACCCCUCCCACCCGUUCCAAUCCAACUUCUCUCUCACCCCUCCCACCCGUUCCAAUCCAACUUCUCUCUCACCCCUCCCACCCGUUCCAAUCCAACUUCUCUCUCACCCCUCCCACCCGUUCCAAUCCAACUUCUCUCUCACCCCUCCCACCCGUUCCAAUCCAACUUCUCUCUCACCCCUCCCACCCGUUCCAAUCCAACUUCUCUCUCACCCCUCCCACCCGUUCCAAUCCAACUUCUCUCUCACCCCUCCCACCCGUUCCAAUCCAACUUCUCUCUCACCCCUCCCACCCGUUCCAAUCCAACUUCUCUCUCACCCCUCCCACCCGUUCCAAUCCAACUUCUCUCUCACCCCUCCCACCCGUUCCAAUCCAACUUCUCUCUCACCCCUCCCACCCGUUCCAAUCCAACUUCUCUCUCACCCCUCCCACCCGUUCCAAUCCAGCUUCUCUCUCACCCCUCCCACCCGUUCCAAUCCAACUUCUCUCUCACCCCUCCCACCCGUUCCAAUCCAACUUCUCUCUCACCCCUCCCACCCGUUCCAAUCCAACUUCUCUCUCACCCCUCCCACCCGUUCCAAUCCAACUUCUCUCUCACCCCUCCCACCCGUUCCAAUCCAACUUCUCUCUCACCCCUCCCACCCGUUCCAAUCCAACUUCUCUCUCACCCCUCCCACCCGUUCCAAUCCAACUUCUCUCUCACCCCUCCCACCCGUUCCAAUCCAACUUCUCUCUCACCCCUCCCACCCGUUCCAAUCCAGCUUCUCUCUCACCCCUCCCACCCGUUCCAAUCCAACUUCUCUCUCACCCCUCCCACCCGUUCCAAUCCAACUUCUCUCUCACCCCUCCCACCCGUUCCAAUCCAACUUCUCUCUCACCCCUCCCACCCGUUCCAAUCCAACUUCUCUCUCACCCCUCCCACCCGUUCCAAUCCAACUUCUCUCUCACCCCUCCCACCCGUUCCAAUCCAACUUCUCUCUCACCCCUCCCACCCGUUCCAAUCCAACUUCUCUCUCACCCCUCCCACCCGUUCCAAUCCAACUUCUCUCUCACCCCUCCCACCCGUUCCAAUCCAACUUCUCUCUCACCCCUCCCACCCGUUCCAAUCCAACUUCUCUCUCACCCCUCCCACCCGUUCCAAUCCAACUUCUCUCUCACCCCUCCCACCCGUUCCAAUCCAACUUCUCUCUCACCCCUCCCACCCGUUCCAAUCCAACUUCUCUCUCACCCCUCCCACCCGUUCCAAUCCAACUUCUCUCUCACCCCUCCCACCCGUUCCAAUCCAACUUCUCUCUCACCCCUCCCACCCGUUCCAAUCCAACUUCUCUCUCACCCCUCCCACCCGUUCCAAUCCAACUUCUCUCUCACCCCUCCCACCCGUUCCAAUCCAACUUCUCUCUCACCCCUCCCACCCGUUCCAAUCCAACUUCUCUCUCACCCCUCCCACCCGUUCCAAUCCAACUUCUCUCUCACCCCUCCCACCCGUUCCAAUCCAACUUCUCUCUCACCCCUCCCACCCGUUCCAAUCCAACUUCUCUCUCACCCCUCCCACCCGUUCCAAUCCAACUUCUCUCUCACCCCUCCCACCCGUUCCAAUCCAACUUCUCUCUCACCCCUCCCACCCGUUCCAAUCCAACUUCUCUCUCACCCCUCCCACCCGUUCCAAUCCAACUUCUCUCUCACCCCUCCCACCCGUUCCAAUCCAACUUCUCUCUCACCCCUCCCACCCGUUCCAAUCCAACUUCUCUCUCACCCCUCCCACCCGUUCCAAUCCAACUUCUCUCUCACCCCUCCCACCCGUUCCAAUCCAACUUCUCUCUCACCCCUCCCACCCGUUCCAAUCCAACUUCUCUCUCACCCCUCCCACCCGUUCCAAUCCAACUUCUCUCUCACCCCUCCCACCCGUUCCAAUCCAACUUCUCUCUCACCCCUCCCACCCGUUCCAAUCCAACUUCUCUCUCACCCCUCCCACCCGUUCCAAUCCAACUUCUCUCUCACCCCUCCCACCCGUUCCAAUCCAACUUCUCUCUCACCCCUCCCACCCGUUCCAAUCCAACUUCUCUCUCACCCCUCCCACCCGUUCCAAUCCAACUUCUCUCUCACCCCUCCCACCCGUUCCAAUCCAACUUCUCUCUCACCCCUCCCACCCGUUCCAAUCCAACUUCUCUCUCACCCCUCCCACCCGUUCCAAUCCAACUUCUCUCUCACCCCUCCCACCCGUUCCAAUCCAACUUCUCUCUCACCCCUCCCACCCGUUCCAAUCCAACUUCUCUCUCACCCCUCCCACCCGUUCCAAUCCAACUUCUCUCUCACCCCUCCCACCCGUUCCAAUCCAACUUCUCUCUCACCCCUCCCACCCGUUCCAAUCCAACUUCUCUCUCACCCCUCCCACCCGUUCCAAUCCAACUUCUCUCUCACCCCUCCCACCCGUUCCAAUCCAACUUCUCUCUCACCCCUCCCACCCGUUCCAAUCCAACUUCUCUCUCACCCCUCCCACCCGUUCCAAUCCAACUUCUCUCUCACCCCUCCCACCCGUUCCAAUCCAACUUCUCUCUCACCCCUCCCACCCGUUCCAAUCCAACUUCUCUCUCACCCCUCCCACCCGUUCCAAUCCAACUUCUCUCUCACCCCUCCCACCCGUUCCAAUCCAACUUCUCUCUCACCCCUCCCACCCGUUCCAAUCCAACUUCUCUCUCACCCCUCCCACCCGUUCCAAUCCAACUUCUCUCUCACCCCUCCCACCCGUUCCAAUCCAACUUCUCUCUCACCCCUCCCACCCGUUCCAAUCCAACUUCUCUCUCACCCCUCCCACCCGUUCCAAUCCAACUUCUCUCUCACCCCUCCCACCCGUUCCAAUCCAACUUCUCUCUCACCCCUCCCACCCGUUCCAAUCCAACUUCUCUCUCACCCCUCCCACCCGUUCCAAUCCAACUUCUCUCUCACCCCUCCCACCCGUUCCAAUCCAACUUCUCUCUCACCCCUCCCACCCGUUCCAAUCCAACUUCUCUCUCACCCCUCCCACCCGUUCCAAUCCAACUUCUCUCUCACCCCUCCCACCCGUUCCAAUCCAACUUCUCUCUCACCCCUCCCACCCGUUCCAAUCCAACUUCUCUCUCACCCCUCCCACCCGUUCCAAUCCAACUUCUCUCUCACCCCUCCCACCCGUUCCAAUCCAACUUCUCUCUCACCCCUCCCACCCGUUCCAAUCCAACUUCUCUCUCACCCCUCCCACCCGUUCCAAUCCAACUUCUCUCUCACCCCUCCCACCCGUUCCAAUCCAACUUCUCUCUCACCCCUCCCACCCGUUCCAAUCCAACUUCUCUCUCACCCCUCCCACCCGUUCCAAUCCAACUUCUCUCUCACCCCUCCCACCCGUUCCAAUCCAACUUCUCUCUCACCCCUCCCACCCGUUCCAAUCCAACUUCUCUCUCACCCCUCCCACCCGUUCCAAUCCAACUUCUCUCUCACCCCUCCCACCCGUUCCAAUCCAACUUCUCUCUCACCCCUCCCACCCGUUCCAAUCCAACUUCUCUCUCACCCCUCCCACCCGUUCCAAUCCAACUUCUCUCUCACCCCUCCCACCCGUUCCAAUCCAACUUCUCUCUCACCCCUCCCACCCGUUCCAAUCCAACUUCUCUCUCACCCCUCCCACCCGUUCCAAUCCAACUUCUCUCUCACCCCUCCCACCCGUUCCAAUCCAACUUCUCUCUCACCCCUCCCACCCGUUCCAAUCCAACUUCUCUCUCACCCCUCCCACCCGUUCCAAUCCAACUUCUCUCUCACCCCUCCCACCCGUUCCAAUCCAACUUCUCUCUCACCCCUCCCACCCGUUCCAAUCCAACUUCUCUCUCACCCCUCCCACCCGUUCCAAUCCAACUUCUCUCUCACCCCUCCCACCCGUUCCAAUCCAACUUCUCUCUCACCCCUCCCACCCGUUCCAAUCCAACUUCUCUCUCACCCCUCCCACCCGUUCCAAUCCAACUUCUCUCUCACCCCUCCCACCCGUUCCAAUCCAACUUCUCUCUCACCCCUCCCACCCGUUCCAAUCCAACUUCUCUCUCACCCCUCCCACCCGUUCCAAUCCAACUUCUCUCUCACCCCUCCCACCCGUUCCAAUCCAACUUCUCUCUCACCCCUCCCACCCGUUCCAAUCCAACUUCUCUCUCACCCCUCCCACCCGUUCCAAUCCAACUUCUCUCUCACCCCUCCCACCCGUUCCAAUCCAACUUCUCUCUCACCCCUCCCACCCGUUCCAAUCCAACUUCUCUCUCACCCCUCCCACCCGUUCCAAUCCAACUUCUCUCUCACCCCUCCCACCCGUUCCAAUCCAACUUCUCUCUCACCCCUCCCACCCGUUCCAAUCCAACUUCUCUCUCACCCCUCCCACCCGUUCCAAUCCAACUUCUCUCUCACCCCUCCCACCCGUUCCAAUCCAACUUCUCUCUCACCCCUCCCACCCGUUCCAAUCCAACUUCUCUCUCACCCCUCCCACCCGUUCCAAUCCAACUUCUCUCUCACCCCUCCCACCCGUUCCAAUCCAACUUCUCUCUCACCCCUCCCACCCGUUCCAAUCCAACUUCUCUCUCACCCCUCCCACCCGUUCCAAUCCAACUUCUCUCUCACCCCUCCCACCCGUUCCAAUCCAACUUCUCUCUCACCCCUCCCACCCGUUCCAAUCCAACUUCUCUCUCACCCCUCCCACCCGUUCCAAUCCAACUUCUCUCUCACCCCUCCCACCCGUUCCAAUCCAACUUCUCUCUCACCCCUCCCACCCGUUCCAAUCCAACUUCUCUCUCACCCCUCCCACCCGUUCCAAUCCAACUUCUCUCUCACCCCUCCCACCCGUUCCAAUCCAACUUCUCUCUCACCCCUCCCACCCGUUCCAAUCCAACUUCUCUCUCACCCCUCCCACCCGUUCCAAUCCAACUUCUCUCUCACCCCUCCCACCCGUUCCAAUCCAACUUCUCUCUCACCCCUCCCACCCGUUCCAAUCCAACUUCUCUCUCACCCCUCCCACCCGUUCCAAUCCAACUUCUCUCUCACCCCUCCCACCCGUUCCAAUCCAACUUCUCUCUCACCCCUCCCACCCGUUCCAAUCCAACUUCUCUCUCACCCCUCCCACCCGUUCCAAUCCAACUUCUCUCUCACCCCUCCCACCCGUUCCAAUCCAACUUCUCUCUCACCCCUCCCACCCGUUCCAAUCCAACUUCUCUCUCACCCCUCCCACCCGUUCCAAUCCAACUUCUCUCUCACCCCUCCCACCCGUUCCAAUCCAACUUCUCUCUCACCCCUCCCACCCGUUCCAAUCCAACUUCUCUCUCACCCCUCCCACCCGUUCCAAUCCAACUUCUCUCUCACCCCUCCCACCCGUUCCAAUCCAACUUCUCUCUCACCCCUCCCACCCGUUCCAAUCCAACUUCUCUCUCACCCCUCCCACCCGUUCCAAUCCAACUUCUCUCUCACCCCUCCCACCCGUUCCAAUCCAACUUCUCUCUCACCCCUCCCACCCGUUCCAAUCCAACUUCUCUCUCACCCCUCCCACCCGUUCCAAUCCAACUUCUCUCUCACCCCUCCCACCCGUUCCAAUCCAACUUCUCUCUCACCCCUCCCACCCGUUCCAAUCCAACUUCUCUCUCACCCCUCCCACCCGUUCCAAUCCAACUUCUCUCUCACCCCUCCCACCCGUUCCAAUCCAACUUCUCUCUCACCCCUCCCACCCGUUCCAAUCCAACUUCUCUCUCACCCCUCCCACCCGUUCCAAUCCAACUUCUCUCUCACCCCUCCCACCCGUUCCAAUCCAACUUCUCUCUCACCCCUCCCACCCGUUCCAAUCCAACUUCUCUCUCACCCCUCCCACCCGUUCCAAUCCAACUUCUCUCUCACCCCUCCCACCCGUUCCAAUCCAACUUCUCUCUCACCCCUCCCACCCGUUCCAAUCCAACUUCUCUCUCACCCCUCCCACCCGUUCCAAUCCAACUUCUCUCUCACCCCUCCCACCCGUUCCAAUCCAACUUCUCUCUCACCCCUCCCACCCGUUCCAAUCCAACUUCUCUCUCACCCCUCCCACCCGUUCCAAUCCAACUUCUCUCUCACCCCUCCCACCCGUUCCAAUCCAACUUCUCUCUCACCCCUCCCACCCGUUCCAAUCCAACUUCUCUCUCACCCCUCCCACCCGUUCCAAUCCAACUUCUCUCUCACCCCUCCCACCCGUUCCAAUCCAACUUCUCUCUCACCCCUCCCACCCGUUCCAAUCCAACUUCUCUCUCACCCCUCCCACCCGUUCCAAUCCAACUUCUCUCUCACCCCUCCCACCCGUUCCAAUCCAACUUCUCUCUCACCCCUCCCACCCGUUCCAAUCCAACUUCUCUCUCACCCCUCCCACCCGUUCCAAUCCAACUUCUCUCUCACCCCUCCCACCCGUUCCAAUCCAACUUCUCUCUCACCCCUCCCACCCGUUCCAAUCCAACUUCUCUCUCACCCCUCCCACCCGUUCCAAUCCAACUUCUCUCUCACCCCUCCCACCCGUUCCAAUCCAACUUCUCUCUCACCCCUCCCACCCGUUCCAAUCCAACUUCUCUCUCACCCCUCCCACCCGUUCCAAUCCAACUUCUCUCUCACCCCUCCCACCCGUUCCAAUCCAACUUCUCUCUCACCCCUCCCACCCGUUCCAAUCCAACUUCUCUCUCACCCCUCCCACCCGUUCCAAUCCAACUUCUCUCUCACCCCUCCCACCCGUUCCAAUCCAACUUCUCUCUCACCCCUCCCACCCGUUCCAAUCCAACUUCUCUCUCACCCCUCCCACCCGUUCCAAUCCAACUUCUCUCUCACCCCUCCCACCCGUUCCAAUCCAACUUCUCUCUCACCCCUCCCACCCGUUCCAAUCCAACUUCUCUCUCACCCCUCCCACCCGUUCCAAUCCAACUUCUCUCUCACCCCUCCCACCCGUUCCAAUCCAACUUCUCUCUCACCCCUCCCACCCGUUCCAAUCCAACUUCUCUCUCACCCCUCCCACCCGUUCCAAUCCAACUUCUCUCUCACCCCUCCCACCCGUUCCAAUCCAACUUCUCUCUCACCCCUCCCACCCGUUCCAAUCCAACUUCUCUCUCACCCCUCCCACCCGUUCCAAUCCAACUUCUCUCUCACCCCUCCCACCCGUUCCAAUCCAACUUCUCUCUCACCCCUCCCACCCGUUCCAAUCCAACUUCUCUCUCACCCCUCCCACCCGUUCCAAUCCAACUUCUCUCUCACCCCUCCCACCCGUUCCAAUCCAACUUCUCUCUCACCCCUCCCACCCGUUCCAAUCCAACUUCUCUCUCACCCCUCCCACCCGUUCCAAUCCAACUUCUCUCUCACCCCUCCCACCCGUUCCAAUCCAACUUCUCUCUCACCCCUCCCACCCGUUCCAAUCCAACUUCUCUCUCACCCCUCCCACCCGUUCCAAUCCAACUUCUCUCUCACCCCUCCCACCCGUUCCAAUCCAACUUCUCUCUCACCCCUCCCACCCGUUCCAAUCCAACUUCUCUCUCACCCCUCCCACCCGUUCCAAUCCAACUUCUCUCUCACCCCUCCCACCCGUUCCAAUCCAACUUCUCUCUCACCCCUCCCACCCGUUCCAAUCCAACUUCUCUCUCACCCCUCCCACCCGUUCCAAUCCAACUUCUCUCUCACCCCUCCCACCCGUUCCAAUCCAACUUCUCUCUCACCCCUCCCACCCGUUCCAAUCCAACUUCUCUCUCACCCCUCCCACCCGUUCCAAUCCAACUUCUCUCUCACCCCUCCCACCCGUUCCAAUCCAACUUCUCUCUCACCCCUCCCACCCGUUCCAAUCCAACUUCUCUCUCACCCCUCCCACCCGUUCCAAUCCAACUUCUCUCUCACCCCUCCCACCCGUUCCAAUCCAACUUCUCUCUCACCCCUCCCACCCGUUCCAAUCCAACUUCUCUCUCACCCCUCCCACCCGUUCCAAUCCAACUUCUCUCUCACCCCUCCCACCCGUUCCAAUCCAACUUCUCUCUCACCCCUCCCACCCGUUCCAAUCCAACUUCUCUCUCACCCCUCCCACCCGUUCCAAUCCAACUUCUCUCUCACCCCUCCCACCCGUUCCAAUCCAACUUCUCUCUCACCCCUCCCACCCGUUCCAAUCCAACUUCUCUCUCACCCCUCCCACCCGUUCCAAUCCAACUUCUCUCUCACCCCUCCCACCCGUUCCAAUCCAACUUCUCUCUCACCCCUCCCACCCGUUCCAAUCCAACUUCUCUCUCACCCCUCCCACCCGUUCCAAUCCAACUUCUCUCUCACCCCUCCCACCCGUUCCAAUCCAACUUCUCUCUCACCCCUCCCACCCGUUCCAAUCCAACUUCUCUCUCACCCCUCCCACCCGUUCCAAUCCAACUUCUCUCUCACCCCUCCCACCCGUUCCAAUCCAACUUCUCUCUCACCCCUCCCACCCGUUCCAAUCCAACUUCUCUCUCACCCCUCCCACCCGUUCCAAUCCAACUUCUCUCUCACCCCUCCCACCCGUUCCAAUCCAACUUCUCUCUCACCCCUCCCACCCGUUCCAAUCCAACUUCUCUCUCACCCCUCCCACCCGUUCCAAUCCAACUUCUCUCUCACCCCUCCCACCCGUUCCAAUCCAACUUCUCUCUCACCCCUCCCACCCGUUCCAAUCCAACUUCUCUCUCACCCCUCCCACCCGUUCCAAUCCAACUUCUCUCUCACCCCUCCCACCCGUUCCAAUCCAACUUCUCUCUCACCCCUCCCACCCGUUCCAAUCCAACUUCUCUCUCACCCCUCCCACCCGUUCCAAUCCAACUUCUCUCUCACCCCUCCCACCCGUUCCAAUCCAACUUCUCUCUCACCCCUCCCACCCGUUCCAAUCCAACUUCUCUCUCACCCCUCCCACCCGUUCCAAUCCAACUUCUCUCUCACCCCUCCCACCCGUUCCAAUCCAACUUCUCUCACCCGUCAAUCCAACUUCUCUCUCACCCUCCACCCGUUCCAAUCCAACUUCUCUCUCACCCCUCCCACCCGUUCCAAUCCAACUUCUCUCUCACCCCUCCCACCCGUUCCAAUCCAACUUCUCUCUCACCCCUCCCACCCGUUCCAAUCCAACUUCUCUCUCACCCCUCCCACCCGUUCCAAUCCAACUUCUCUCUCACCCCUCCCACCCGUUCCAAUCCAACUUCUCUCUCACCCCUCCCACCCGUUCCAAUCCAACUUCUCUCUCACCCCUCCCACCCGUUCCAAUCCAACUUCUCUCUCACCCCUCCCACCCGUUCCAAUCCAACUUCUCUCUCACCCCUCCCACCCGUUCCAAUCCAACUUCUCUCUCACCCCUCCCACCCGUUCCAAUCCAACUUCUCUCUCACCCCUCCCACCCGUUCCAAUCCAACUUCUCUCUCACCCCUCCCACCCGUUCCAAUCCAACUUCUCUCUCACCCCUCCCACCCGUUCCAAUCCAACUUCUCUCUCACCCCUCCCACCCGUUCCAAUCCAACUUCUCUCUCACCCCUCCCACCCGUUCCAAUCCAACUUCUCUCUCACCCCUCCCACCCGUUCCAAUCCAACUUCUCUCUCACCCCUCCCACCCGUUCCAAUCCAACUUCUCUCUCACCCCUCCCACCCGUUCCAAUCCAACUUCUCUCUCACCCCUCCCACCCGUUCCAAUCCAACUUCUCUCUCACCCCUCCCACCCGUUCCAAUCCAACUUCUCUCUCACCCCUCCCACCCGUUCCAAUCCAACUUCUCUCUCACCCCUCCCACCCGUUCCAAUCCAACUUCUCUCUCACCCCUCCCACCCGUUCCAAUCCAACUUCUCUCUCACCCCUCCCACCCGUUCCAAUCCAACUUCUCUCUCACCCCUCCCACCCGUUCCAAUCCAACUUCUCUCUCACCCCUCCCACCCGUUCCAAUCCAACUUCUCUCUCACCCCUCCCACCCGUUCCAAUCCAACUUCUCUCUCACCCCUCCCACCCGUUCCAAUCCAACUUCUCUCUCACCCCUCCCACCCGUUCCAAUCCAACUUCUCUCUCACCCCUCCCACCCGUUCCAAUCCAACUUCUCUCUCACCCCUCCCACCCGUUCCAAUCCAACUUCUCUCUCACCCCUCCCACCCGUUCCAAUCCAACUUCUCUCUCACCCCUCCCACCCGUUCCAAUCCAACUUCUCUCUCACCCCUCCCACCCGUUCCAAUCCAACUUCUCUCUCACCCUCCACCCGUCCAAUCCAACUUCUCACCCCCCCGUUCCAAUCCAACUUCUCUCUCACCCCUCCCACCCGUUCCAAUCCAACUUCUCUCUCACCCCUCCCACCCGUUCCAAUCCAACUUCUCUCUCACCCCUCCCACCCGUUCCAAUCCAACUUCUCUCUCACCCCUCCCACCCGUUCCAAUCCAACUUCUCUCUCACCCCUCCCACCCGUUCCAAUCCAACUUCUCUCUCACCCCUCCCACCCGUUCCAAUCCAACUUCUCUCUCACCCCUCCCACCCGUUCCAAUCCAACUUCUCUCUCACCCCUCCCACCCGUUCCAAUCCAACUUCUCUCUCACCCCUCCCACCCGUUCCAAUCCAACUUCUCUCUCACCCCUCCCACCCGUUCCAAUCCAACUUCUCUCUCACCCCUCCCACCCGUUCCAAUCCAACUUCUCUCUCACCCCUCCCACCCGUUCCAAUCCAACUUCUCUCUCACCCCUCCCACCCGUUCCAAUCCAACUUCUCUCUCACCCCUCCCACCCGUUCCAAUCCAACUUCUCUCUCACCCCUCCCACCCGUUCCAAUCCAACUUCUCUCUCACCCCUCCCACCCGUUCCAAUCCAACUUCUCUCUCACCCCUCCCACCCGUUCCAAUCCAACUUCUCUCUCACCCCUCCCACCCGUUCCAAUCCAACUUCUCUCUCACCCCUCCCACCCGUUCCAAUCCAACUUCUCUCUCACCCCUCCCACCCGUUCCAAUCCAACUUCUCUCUCACCCCUCCCACCCGUUCCAAUCCAACUUCUCUCUCACCCCUCCCACCCGUUCCAAUCCAACUUCUCUCUCACCCCUCCCACCCGUUCCAAUCCAACUUCUCUCUCACCCCUCCCACCCGUUCCAAUCCAACUUCUCUCUCACCCCUCCCACCCGUUCCAAUCCAACUUCUCUCUCACCCCUCCCACCCGUUCCAAUCCAACUUCUCUCUCACCCCUCCCACCCGUUCCAAUCCAACUUCUCUCUCACCCCUCCCACCCGUUCCAAUCCAACUUCUCUCUCACCCCUCCCACCCGUUCCAAUCCAACUUCUCUCUCACCCCUCCCACCCGUUCCAAUCCAACUUCUCUCUCACCCCUCCCACCCGUUCCAAUCCAACUUCUCUCUCACCCCUCCCACCCGUUCCAAUCCAACUUCUCUCUCACCCCUCCCACCCGUUCCAAUCCAACUUCUCUCUCACCCCUCCCACCCGUUCCAAUCCAACUUCUCUCUCACCCCUCCCACCCGUUCCAAUCCAACUUCUCUCUCACCCCUCCCACCCGUUCCAAUCCAACUUCUCUCUCACCCCUCCCACCCGUUCCAAUCCAACUUCUCUCUCACCCCUCCCACCCGUUCCAAUCCAACUUCUCUCUCACCCCUCCCACCCGUUCCAAUCCAACUUCUCUCUCACCCCUCCCACCCCUUCUCUCUCACCCCUCCCACCCGUUCCAAUCCAACUUCUCUCUCACCCCUCCCACCCGUUCCAAUCCAACUUCUCUCUCACCCCUCCCACCCGUUCCAAUCCAACUUCUCUCUCACCCCUCCCACCCGUUCCAAUCCAACUUCUCUCUCACCCCUCCCACCCGUUCCAAUCCAACUUCUCUCUCACCCCUCCCACCCGUUCCAAUCCAACUUCUCUCUCACCCCUCCCACCCGUUCCAAUCCAACUUCUCUCUCACCCCUCCCACCCGUUCCAAUCCAACUUCUCUCUCACCCCUCCCACCCGUUCCAAUCCAACUUCUCUCUCACCCCUCCCACCCGUUCCAAUCCAACUUCUCUCUCACCCCUCCCACCCGUUCCAAUCCAACUUCUCUCUCACCCCUCCCACCCGUUCCAAUCCAACUUCUCUCUCACCCCUCCCACCCGUUCCAAUCCAACUUCUCUCUCACCCCUCCCACCCGUUCCAAUCCAACUUCUCUCUCACCCCUCCCACCCGUUCCAAUCCAACUUCUCUCUCACCCCUCCACCCGUUCCAAUCCAACUUCUCUCUCACCCCUCCCACCCGUUCCAAUCCAACUUCUCUCUCACCCCUCCCACCCGUUCCAAUCCAACUUCUCUCUCACCCCUCCCACCCGUUCCAAUCCAACUUCUCUCUCACCCCUCCCACCCGUUCCAAUCCACUUCUCUCUCCCCUCCACCCGUUCCAAUCCAACUUCUCUCUCACCCCUCCCACCCGUUCCAAUCCAACUUCUCUCUCACCCCUCCCACCCGUUCCAAUCCAACUUCUCUCUCACCCCUCCCACCCGUUCCAAUCCAACUUCUCUCUCACCCCUCCCACCCGUUCCAAUCCAACUUCUCUCUCACCCCUCCCACCCGUUCCAAUCCAACUUCUCUCUCACCCCUCCCACCCGUUCCAAUCCAACUUCUCUCUCACCCCUCCCACCCGUUCCAAUCCAACUUCUCUCUCACCCCUCCCACCCGUUCCAAUCCAACUUCUCUCUCACCCCUCCCACCCGUUCCAAUCCAACUUCUCUCUCACCCCUCCCACCCGUUCCAAUCCAACUUCUCUCUCACCCCUCCCACCCGUUCCAAUCCAACUUCUCUCUCACCCCUCCCACCCGUUCCAAUCCAACUUCUCUCUCACCCCUCCCACCCGUUCCAAUCCAACUUCUCUCUCACCCCUCCCACCCGUUCCAAUCCAACUUCUCUCUCACCCCUCCCACCCGUUCCAAUCCAACUUCUCUCUCACCCCUCCCACCCGUUCCAAUCCAACUUCUCUCUCACCCCUCCCACCCGUUCCAAUCCAACUUCUCUCUCACCCCUCCCACCCGUUCCAAUCCAACUUCUCUCUCACCCCUCCCACCCGUUCCAAUCCAACUUCUCUCUCACCCCUCCCACCCGUUCCAAUCCAACUUCUCUCUCACCCCUCCCACCCGUUCCAAUCCAACUUCUCUCUCACCCCUCCCACCCGUUCCAAUCCAACUUCUCUCUCACCCCUCCCACCCGUUCCAAUCCAACUUCUCUCUCACCCCUCCCACCCGUUCCAAUCCAACUUCUCUCUCACCCCUCCCACCCGUUCCAAUCCAACUUCUCUCUCACCCCUCCCACCCGUUCCAAUCCAACUUCUCUCUCACCCCUCCCACCCGUUCCAAUCCAACUUCUCUCUCACCCCUCCCACCCGUUCCAAUCCAACUUCUCUCUCACCCCUCCCACCCGUUUCCAAUCCAACUUCUCUCUCACCCCUCCCACCCGUUCCAAUCCAACUUCUCUCUCACCCCUCCCACCCGUUCCAAUCCAACUUCUCUCUCACCCCUCCCACCCGUUCCAAUCCAACUUCUCUCUCACCCCUCCCACCCGUUCCAAUCCAACUUCUCUCUCACCCCUCCCACCCGUUCCAAUCCAACUUCUCUCUCACCCCUCCCACCCGUUCCAAUCCAACUUCUCUCUCACCCCUCCCACCCGUUCCAAUCCAACUUCUCUCUCACCCCUCCCACCCGUUCCAAUCCAACUUCUCUCUCACCCCUCCCACCCGUUCCAAUCCAACUUCUCUCUCACCCCUCCCACCCGUUCCAAUCCAACUUCUCUCUCACCCCUCCCACCCGUUCCAAUCCAACUUCUCUCUCACCCCUCCCACCCGUUCCAAUCCAACUUCUCUCUCACCCCUCCCACCCGUUCCAAUCCAACUUCUCUCUCACCCCUCCCACCCGUUCCAAUCCAACUUCUCUCUCACCCCUCCCACCCGUUCCAAUCCAACUUCUCUCUCACCCCUCCCACCCGUUCCAAUCCAACUUCUCUCUCACCCCUCCCACCCGUUCCAAUCCAACUUCUCUCUCACCCCUCCCACCCGUUCCAAUCCAACUUCUCUCUCACCCCUCCCACCCGUUCCAAUCCAACUUCUCUCUCACCCCUCCCACCCGUUCCAAUCCAACUUCUCUCUCACCCCUCCCACCCGUUCCAAUCCAACUUCUCUCUCACCCCUCCCACCCGUUCCAAUCCAACUUCUCUCUCACCCCUCCCACCCGUUCCAAUCCACUUCUCUCUCACCCCUCCCACCCGUUCCAAUCCAACUUCUCUCUCACCCCUCCCACCCGUUCCAAUCCAACUUCUCUCUCACCCCUCCCACCCGUUCCAAUCCAACUUCUCUCUCACCCCUCCCACCCGUUCCAAUCCAACUUCUCUCUCACCCCUCCCACCCGUUCCAAUCCAACUUCUCUCUCACCCCUCCCACCCGUUCCAAUCCAACUUCUCUCUCACCCCUCCCACCCGUUCCAAUCCAACUUCUCUCUCACCCCUCCCACCCGUUCCAAUCCAACUUCUCUCUCACCCCUCCCACCCGUUCCAAUCCAACUUCUCUCUCACCCCUCCCACCCGUUCCAAUCCAACUUCUCUCUCUCACCCCUCCCACCCGUUCCAAUCCAACUUCUCUCUCACCCCUCCCACCCGUUCCAAUCCAACUUCUCUCUCACCCCUCCCACCCGUUCCAAUCCAACUUCUCUCUCACCCCUCCCACCCGUUCCAAUCCAACUUCUCUCUCACCCCUCCCACCCGUUCCAAUCCAACUUCUCUCUCACCCCUCCCACCCGUUCCAAUCCAACUUCUCUCUCACCCCUCCCACCCGUUCCAAUCCAACUUCUCUCUCACCCCUCCCACCCGUUCCAAUCCAACUUCUCUCUCACCCCUCCCACCCGUUCCAAUCCAACUUCUCUCUCACCCCUCCCACCCGUUCCAAUCCAACUUCUCUCUCACCCCUCCCACCCGUUCCAAUCCAACUUCUCUCUCACCCCUCCCACCCGUUCCAAUCCAACUUCUCUCUCACCCCUCCCACCCGUUCCAAUCCAACUUCUCUCUCACCCCUCCCACCCGUUCCAAUCCAACUUCUCUCUCACCCUCCCACCCGUUCCAAUCCAACUUCUCUCUCACCCUCCCACCCGUUCCAAUCCAACUUCUCUCUCACCCCUCCCACCCGUUCCAAUCCAACUUCUCUCUCACCCCUCCCACCCGUUCCAAUCCAACUUCUCUCUCACCCCUCCCACCCGUUCCAAUCCAACUUCUCUCUCACCCCUCCCACCCGUUCCAAUCCAACUUCUCUCUCACCCCUCCCACCCGUUCCAAUCCAACUUCUCUCUCACCCCUCCCACCCGUUCCAAUCCAACUUCUCUCUCACCCCUCCCACCCGUUCCAAUCCAACUUCUCUCUCACCCCCUCCCACCCGUUCCAAUCCAACUUCUCUCUCACCCCUCCCACCCGUUCCAAUCCAACUUCUCUCUCACCCCUCCCACCCGUUCCAAUCCAACUUCUCUCUCACCCCUCCCACCCGUUCCAAUCCAACUUCUCUCUCACCCCUCCCACCCGUUCCAAUCCAACUUCUCUCUCACCCCUCCCACCCGUUCCAAUCCAACUUCUCUCUCACCCCUCCCAACCCGUUCCAAUCCAACUUCUCUCUCACCCCUCCCACCCGUUCCAAUCCAGCUUCUCUCUCACCCCUCCCACCCGUUCCAAUCCAACUUCUCUCUCACCCCUCCCACCCGUUCCAAUCCAGCUUCUCUCUCACCCCUCCCACCCCGUUCCAAUCCAACUUCUCUCUCACCCCUCCCACCCGUUCCAAUCCAACUUCUCUCUCACCCCUCCCACCCGUUCCAAUCCAACUUCUCUCUCACCCCUCCCACCCGUUCCAAUCCAACUUCUCUCUCACCCCUCCCACCCGUUCCAAUCCAACUUCUCUCUCACCCCUCCGCACCCGUUCCAAUCCAACUUCUCUCUCACCCCUCCCACCCGUUCCAUCCAACUUCUCUCUCACCCCUCCCACCCGUUCCAAUCCAACUUCUCUCUCACCCCUCCCACCCGUUCAAUCCAACUUCUCUCUCACCCCCCCGUUCCACUCAAAACUUCUCUCUUCUCACCCUCCCACCCGUUCCAAUCCAACUUCUCUCUCACCCCUCCCACCCGUUCCAAUCCAACUUCUCUCUCACCCCUCCCACCCGUUCCAAUCCAACUUCUCUCUCACCCCUCCCACCCGUUCCAAUCCAACUUCUCUCUCACCCCUCCCACCCGUUCCAAUCCACUUCUCUCUCACCCCUCCCACCCGUUCCAAUCCAACUUCUCUCUCACCCCUCCCACCCGUUCCAAUCCAACUUCUCUCUCACCCCUCCCACCCGUUCCAAUCCAACUUCUCUCUCACCCCUCCCACCCGUUCCAAUCCAACUUCUCUCUCACCCCUCCCACCCGUUCCAAUCCAACUUCUCUCUCACCCCUCCCACCCGUUCCAAUCCAACUUCUCUCUCACCCCUCCCACCCGUUCCAAUCCAACUUCUCUCUCACCCCUCCCACCCGUUCCAAUCCAACUUCUCUCUCACCCCUCCCACCCGUUCCAAUCCAACUUCUCUCUCACCCCUCCCACCCGUUCCAAUCCAACUUCUCUCUCACCCUCCCACCCGUUCCAAUCCAACUUCUCUCUCACCCCUCCCACCCGUUCCAAUCCAACUUCUCUCUCACCCCUCCCACCCGUUCCAAUCCAACUUCUCUCUCACCCCUCCCACCCGUUCCAAUCCAACUUCUCUCUCACCCCUCCCACCCGUUCCAAUCCAACUUCUCUCUCACCCCUCCCACCCGUUCCAAUCCAACUUCUCUCUCACCCCUCCCACCCCGUUCCAAUCCAACUUCUCUCUCACCCCUCCCACCCGUUCCAAUCCAACUUCUCUCUCACCCCUCCCACCCGUUCCAAUCCAACUUCUCUCUCACCCCUCCCACCCCGUUCCAAUCCAACUUCUCUCUCACCCCCUCCCACCCGUUCCAAUCCAACUUCUCUCUCACCCCUCCCACCCGUUCCAAUCCAACUUCUCUUCUCACCCCUCCCACCCGUUCCAAUCCAACUUCUCUCUCACCCCUCCCACCCGUUCCAAUCCAACUUCUCUCUCACCCCUCCCACCCGUUCCAAUCCAAGCUUCUCUCUCACCCCUCCCACCCGUAUCCAAUCCAACUUCUCUCUCACCCCUCCCACCCGUUCCAAUCCACUUCUCUCUCACCCCUCCACCCGUUCCAAUCCAACUUCUCUCUCACCCCUCCCACCCGUUCCAAUCCAACUUCUCUCUCACCCCUCCCACCCGUUCCAAUCCAACUUCUCUCUCACCCCUCCCACCCGUUCCAAUCCAACUUCUCUCUCACCCCUCCCACCCGUUCCAAUCCAACUUCUCUCUCACCCCUCCCACCCGUUCCAAUCCAACUUCUCUCUCACCCCUCCCACCCGUUCCAAUCCAACUUCUCUCUCACCCCUCCCACCCGUUCCAAUCCAACUUCUCUCUCACCCCUCCCACCCGUUCCAAUCCAACUUCUCUCUCACCCCUCCCACCCGUUCCAAUCCAGCUUCUCUCUCACCCUCCCACCCGUUCCAAUCCAACUUCUCUCUCACCCCUCCCACCCGUUCCAAUCCAACUUCUCUCUCACCCCUCCCACCCUUCCAAUCCAACUUCUCUCUCACCCUCCCACCGUUCCAAUCCAACUUCUCUCUCACCCCUCCCACCCGUUCCAAUCCACCUUCUCUCUCACCCCUCCCACCCGUUCCAAUCCAACUUCUCUCUCACCCCUCCCACCCGUUCCAAUUCACUUCUCUCUCACCCCUCCCACCCCUUCUCUCUCACCCUCCCACCCGUUCCAAUCCAACUUCUCUCUCACCCCUCCCACCCGUUCCAAUCCAACUUCUCUCUCACCCCUCCCACCCGUUCCAAUCCAACUUCUCUCUCACCCCUCCCACCCGUUCCAAUCCAACUUCCUCUCUCACCCCUCCCACCCGUUCCAAUCCAACUUCUCUCUCACCCCUCCCACCCGUUCCAAUCCAACUUCUCUCUCACCCCUCCCACCCGUUCCAAUCCAACUUCUCUCUCACCCCUCCCACCCGUUCCAAUCCAACUUCUCUCUCACCCCUCCCACCCGUUCCAAUCCACUUCUCUCUCAACCCUCCCACCCGUUCCAAUCCAACUUCUCUCUCACCCCUCCCACCCGUUCCAAUCCAACUUCUCUCUCACCCUCCCACCCGUUCCAAUCCAACUUCUCUCUCACCCCUCCCACCCGUUCCAAUCCAACUUCUCUCUCACCCCUCCCACCCGUUCCAAUCCAACUUCUCUCUCACCCCUCCCACCCGUUCCAAUCCAACUUCUCUCUCACCCCUCCCACCCGUUCCAAUCCAACUUCUCUCUCACCCCUCCCACCCGUUCCAAUCCAACUUCUCUCUCACCCCUCCCACCCGUUCCAAUCCAACUUCUCUCUCACCCCUCCCACCCGUUCCAAUCCAACUUCUCUCUCACCCCUCCCACCCGUUCCAAUCCAACUUCUCUCUCACCCCUCCCACCCGUUCCAAUCCAACUUCUCUCUCACCCCUCCCACCCGUUCCAAUCCAACUUCUCUCUCACCCCUCCCACCCGUUCCAAUCCAACUUCUCUCUCACCCCUCCCACCCGUUCCAAUCCAACUUCUCUCUCACCCCUCCCACCCGUUCCAAUCCAACUUCUCUCUCACCCCUCCCACCCGUUCCAAUCCAACUUCUCUCUCACCCCUCCCACCCGUUCCAAUCCAACUUCUCUCUCACCCCUCCCACCCGUUCCAAUCCAACUUCUCUCUCACCCCUCCCACCCGUUCCAAUCCAACUUCUCUCUCACCCCUCCCACCCGUUCCAAUCCAACUUCUCUCUCACCCCUCCCACCCGUUCCAAUCCAACUUCUCUCUCACCCCUCCCACCCGUUCCAAUCCAACUUCUCUCUCACCCCUCCCACCCGUUCCAAUCCAACUUCUCUCUCACCCCUCCCACCCGUUCCAAUCCAACUUCUCUCUCACCCCUCCCACCCGUUCCAAUCCAACUUCUCUCUCACCCCUCCCACCCGUUCCAAUCCAACUUCUCUCUCACCCCUCCCACCCGUUCCAAUCCAACUUCUCUCUCACCCCUCCCACCCGUUCCAAUCCAACUUCUCUCUCACCCCUCCCACCCGUUCCAAUCCAACUUCUCUCUCACCCCUCCCACCCGUUCCAAUCCAACUUCUCUCUCACCCCUCCCACCCGUUCCAAUCCAACUUCUCUCUCACCCCUCCCACCCGUUCCAAUCCAACUUCUCUCUCACCCCUCCCACCCGUUCCAAUCCAACUUCUCUCUCACCCCUCCCACCCGUUCCAAUCCAACUUCUCUCUCACCCCUCCCACCCGUUCCAAUCCAACUUCUCUCUCACCCCUCCCACCCGUUCCAAUCCAACUUCUCUCUCACCCCUCCCACCCGUUCCAAUCCAACUUCUCUCUCACCCCUCCCACCCGUUCCAAUCCAACUUCUCUCUCACCCCUCCCACCCGUUCCAAUCCAACUUCUCUCUCACCCCUCCCACCCGUUCCAAUCCAACUUCUCUCUCACCCCUCCCACCCGUUCCAAUCCAACUUCUCUCUCACCCCUCCCACCCGUUCCAAUCCAACUUCUCUCUCACCCCUCCCACCCGUUCCAAUCCAACUUCUCUCUCACCCCUCCCACCCGUUCCAAUCCAACUUCUCUCUCACCCCUCCCACCCGUUCCAAUCCAACUUCUCUCUCACCCCUCCCACCCGUUCCAAUCCAACUUCUCUCUCACCCCUCCCACCCGUUCCAAUCCAACUUCUCUCUCACCCCUCCCACCCGUUCCAAUCCAACUUCUCUCUCACCCCUCCCACCCGUUCCAAUCCAACUUCUCUCUCACCCCUCCCACCCGUUCCAAUCCAACUUCUCUCUCACCCCUCCCACCCGUUCCAAUCCAACUUCUCUCUCACCCCUCCCACCCGUUCCAAUCCAACUUCUCUCUCACCCCUCCCACCCGUUCCAAUCCAACUUCUCUCUCACCCCUCCCACCCGUUCCAAUCCAACUUCUCUCUCACCCCUCCCACCCGUUCCAAUCCAACUUCUCUCUCACCCCUCCCACCCGUUCCAAUCCAACUUCUCUCUCACCCCUCCCACCCGUUCCAAUCCAACUUCUCUCUCACCCCUCCCACCCGUUCCAAUCCAACUUCUCUCUCACCCCUCCCACCCGUUCCAAUCCAACUUCUCUCUCACCCCUCCCACCCGUUCCAAUCCAACUUCUCUCUCACCCCUCCCACCCGUUCCAAUCCAACUUCUCUCUCACCCCUCCCACCCGUUCCAAUCCAACUUCUCUCUCACCCCUCCCACCCGUUCCAAUCCAACUUCUCUCUCACCCCUCCCACCCGUUCCAAUCCAACUUCUCUCUCACCCCUCCCACCCGUUCCAAUCCAACUUCUCUCUCACCCCUCCCACCCGUUCCAAUCCAACUUCUCUCUCACCCCUCCCACCCGUUCCAAUCCAACUUCUCUCUCACCCCUCCCACCCGUUCCAAUCCAACUUCUCUCUCACCCCUCCCACCCGUUCCAAUCCAACUUCUCUCUCACCCCUCCCACCCGUUCCAAUCCAACUUCUCUCUCACCCCUCCCACCCGUUCCAAUCCAACUUCUCUCUCACCCCUCCCACCCGUUCCAAUCCAACUUCUCUCUCACCCCUCCCACCCGUUCCAAUCCAACUUCUCUCUCACCCCUCCCACCCGUUCCAAUCCAACUUCUCUCUCACCCCUCCCACCCGUUCCAAUCCAACUUCUCUCUCACCCCUCCCACCCGUUCCAAUCCAACUUCUCUCUCACCCCUCCCACCCGUUCCAAUCCAACUUCUCUCUCACCCCUCCCACCCGUUCCAAUCCAACUUCUCUCUCACCCCUCCCACCCGUUCCAAUCCAACUUCUCUCUCACCCCUCCCACCCGUUCCAAUCCAACUUCUCUCUCACCCCUCCCACCCGUUCCAAUCCAACUUCUCUCUCACCCCUCCCACCCGUUCCAAUCCAACUUCUCUCUCACCCCUCCCACCCGUUCCAAUCCAACUUCUCUCUCACCCCUCCCACCCGUUCCAAUCCAACUUCUCUCUCACCCCUCCCACCCGUUCCAAUCCAACUUCUCUCUCACCCCUCCCACCCGUUCCAAUCCAACUUCUCUCUCACCCCUCCCACCCGUUCCAAUCCAACUUCUCUCUCACCCCUCCCACCCGUUCCAAUCCAACUUCUCUCUCACCCCUCCCACCCGUUCCAAUCCAACUUCUCUCUCACCCCUCCCACCCGUUCCAAUCCAACUUCUCUCUCACCCCUCCCACCCGUUCCAAUCCAACUUCUCUCUCACCCCUCCCACCCGUUCCAAUCCAACUUCUCUCUCACCCCUCCCACCCGUUCCAAUCCAACUUCUCUCUCACCCCUCCCACCCGUUCCAAUCCAACUUCUCUCUCACCCCUCCCACCCGUUCCAAUCCAACUUCUCUCUCACCCCUCCCACCCGUUCCAAUCCAACUUCUCUCUCACCCCUCCCACCCGUUCCAAUCCAACUUCUCUCUCACCCCUCCCACCCGUUCCAAUCCAACUUCUCUCUCACCCCUCCCACCCGUUCCAAUCCAACUUCUCUCUCACCCCUCCCACCCGUUCCAAUCCAACUUCUCUCUCACCCCUCCCACCCGUUCCAAUCCAACUUCUCUCUCACCCCUCCCACCCGUUCCAAUCCAACUUCUCUCUCACCCCUCCCACCCGUUCCAAUCCAACUUCUCUCUCACCCCUCCCACCCGUUCCAAUCCAACUUCUCUCUCACCCCUCCCACCCGUUCCAAUCCAACUUCUCUCUCACCCCUCCCACCCGUUCCAAUCCAACUUCUCUCUCACCCCUCCCACCCGUUCCAAUCCAACUUCUCUCUCACCCCUCCCACCCGUUCCAAUCCAACUUCUCUCUCACCCCUCCCACCCGUUCCAAUCCAACUUCUCUCUCACCCCUCCCACCCGUUCCAAUCCAACUUCUCUCUCACCCCUCCCACCCGUUCCAAUCCAACUUCUCUCUCACCCCUCCCACCCGUUCCAAUCCAACUUCUCUCUCACCCCUCCCACCCGUUCCAAUCCAACUUCUCUCUCACCCCUCCCACCCGUUCCAAUCCAACUUCUCUCUCACCCCUCCCACCCGUUCCAAUCCAACUUCUCUCUCACCCCUCCCACCCGUUCCAAUCCAACUUCUCUCUCACCCCUCCCACCCGUUCCAAUCCAACUUCUCUCUCACCCCUCCCACCCGUUCCAAUCCAACUUCUCUCUCACCCCUCCCACCCGUUCCAAUCCAACUUCUCUCUCACCCCUCCCACCCGUUCCAAUCCAACUUCUCUCUCACCCCUCCCACCCGUUCCAAUCCAACUUCUCUCUCACCCCUCCCACCCGUUCCAAUCCAACUUCUCUCUCACCCCUCCCACCCGUUCCAAUCCAACUUCUCUCUCACCCCUCCCACCCGUUCCAAUCCAACUUCUCUCUCACCCCUCCCACCCGUUCCAAUCCAACUUCUCUCUCACCCCUCCCACCCGUUCCAAUCCAACUUCUCUCUCACCCCUCCCACCCGUUCCAAUCCAACUUCUCUCUCACCCCUCCCACCCGUUCCAAUCCAACUUCUCUCUCACCCCUCCCACCCGUUCCAAUCCAACUUCUCUCUCACCCCUCCCACCCGUUCCAAUCCAACUUCUCUCUCACCCCUCCCACCCGUUCCAAUCCAACUUCUCUCUCACCCCUCCCACCCGUUCCAAUCCAACUUCUCUCUCACCCCUCCCACCCGUUCCAAUCCAACUUCUCUCUCACCCCUCCCACCCGUUCCAAUCCAACUUCUCUCUCACCCCUCCCACCCGUUCCAAUCCAACUUCUCUCUCACCCCUCCCACCCGUUCCAAUCCAACUUCUCUCUCACCCCUCCCACCCGUUCCAAUCCAACUUCUCUCUCACCCCUCCCACCCGUUCCAAUCCAACUUCUCUCUCACCCCUCCCACCCGUUCCAAUCCAACUUCUCUCUCACCCCUCCCACCCGUUCCAAUCCAACUUCUCUCUCACCCCUCCCACCCGUUCCAAUCCAACUUCUCUCUCACCCCUCCCACCCGUUCCAAUCCAACUUCUCUCUCACCCCUCCCACCCGUUCCAAUCCAACUUCUCUCUCACCCCUCCCACCCGUUCCAAUCCAACUUCUCUCUCACCCCUCCCACCCGUUCCAAUCCAACUUCUCUCUCACCCCUCCCACCCGUUCCAAUCCAACUUCUCUCUCACCCCUCCCACCCGUUCCAAUCCAACUUCUCUCUCACCCCUCCCACCCGUUCCAAUCCAACUUCUCUCUCACCCCUCCCACCCGUUCCAAUCCAACUUCUCUCUCACCCCUCCCACCCGUUCCAAUCCAACUUCUCUCUCACCCCUCCCACCCGUUCCAAUCCAACUUCUCUCUCACCCCUCCCACCCGUUCCAAUCCAACUUCUCUCUCACCCCUCCCACCCGUUCCAAUCCAACUUCUCUCUCACCCCUCCCACCCGUUCCAAUCCAACUUCUCUCUCACCCCUCCCACCCGUUCCAAUCCAACUUCUCUCUCACCCCUCCCACCCGUUCCAAUCCAACUUCUCUCUCACCCCUCCCACCCGUUCCAAUCCAACUUCUCUCUCACCCCUCCCACCCGUUCCAAUCCAACUUCUCUCUCACCCCUCCCACCCGUUCCAAUCCAACUUCUCUCUCACCCCUCCCACCCGUUCCAAUCCAACUUCUCUCUCACCCCUCCCACCCGUUCCAAUCCAACUUCUCUCUCACCCCUCCCACCCGUUCCAAUCCAACUUCUCUCUCACCCCUCCCACCCGUUCCAAUCCAACUUCUCUCUCACCCCUCCCACCCGUUCCAAUCCAACUUCUCUCUCACCCCUCCCACCCGUUCCAAUCCAACUUCUCUCUCACCCCUCCCACCCGUUCCAAUCCAACUUCUCUCUCACCCCUCCCACCCGUUCCAAUCCAACUUCUCUCUCACCCCUCCCACCCGUUCCAAUCCAACUUCUCUCUCACCCCUCCCACCCGUUCCAAUCCAACUUCUCUCUCACCCCUCCCACCCGUUCCAAUCCAACUUCUCUCUCACCCCUCCCACCCGUUCCAAUCCAACUUCUCUCUCACCCCUCCCACCCGUUCCAAUCCAACUUCUCUCUCACCCCUCCCACCCGUUCCAAUCCAACUUCUCUCUCACCCCUCCCACCCGUUCCAAUCCAACUUCUCUCUCACCCCUCCCACCCGUUCCAAUCCAACUUCUCUCUCACCCCUCCCACCCGUUCCAAUCCAACUUCUCUCUCACCCCUCCCACCCGUUCCAAUCCAACUUCUCUCUCACCCCUCCCACCCGUUCCAAUCCAACUUCUCUCUCACCCCUCCCACCCGUUCCAAUCCAACUUCUCUCUCACCCCUCCCACCCGUUCCAAUCCAACUUCUCUCUCACCCCUCCCACCCGUUCCAAUCCAACUUCUCUCUCACCCCUCCCACCCGUUCCAAUCCAACUUCUCUCUCACCCCUCCCACCCGUUCCAAUCCAACUUCUCUCUCACCCCUCCCACCCGUUCCAAUCCAACUUCUCUCUCACCCCUCCCACCCGUUCCAAUCCAACUUCUCUCUCACCCCUCCCACCCGUUCCAAUCCAACUUCUCUCUCACCCCUCCCACCCGUUCCAAUCCAACUUCUCUCUCACCCCUCCCACCCGUUCCAAUCCAACUUCUCUCUCACCCCUCCCACCCGUUCCAAUCCAACUUCUCUCUCACCCCUCCCACCCGUUCCAAUCCAACUUCUCUCUCACCCCUCCCACCCGUUCCAAUCCAACUUCUCUCUCACCCCUCCCACCCGUUCCAAUCCAACUUCUCUCUCACCCCUCCCACCCGUUCCAAUCCAACUUCUCUCUCACCCCUCCCACCCGUUCCAAUCCAACUUCUCUCUCACCCCUCCCACCCGUUCCAAUCCAACUUCUCUCUCACCCCUCCCACCCGUUCCAAUCCAACUUCUCUCUCACCCCUCCCACCCGUUCCAAUCCAACUUCUCUCUCACCCCUCCCACCCGUUCCAAUCCAACUUCUCUCUCACCCCUCCCACCCGUUCCAAUCCAACUUCUCUCUCACCCCUCCCACCCGUUCCAAUCCAACUUCUCUCUCACCCCUCCCACCCGUUCCAAUCCAACUUCUCUCUCACCCCUCCCACCCGUUCCAAUCCAACUUCUCUCUCACCCCUCCCACCCGUUCCAAUCCAACUUCUCUCUCACCCCUCCCACCCGUUCCAAUCCAACUUCUCUCUCACCCCUCCCACCCGUUCCAAUCCAACUUCUCUCUCACCCCUCCCACCCGUUCCAAUCCAACUUCUCUCUCACCCCUCCCACCCGUUCCAAUCCAACUUCUCUCUCACCCCUCCCACCCGUUCCAAUCCAACUUCUCUCUCACCCCUCCCACCCGUUCCAAUCCAACUUCUCUCUCACCCCUCCCACCCGUUCCAAUCCAACUUCUCUCUCACCCCUCCCACCCGUUCCAAUCCAACUUCUCUCUCACCCCUCCCACCCGUUCCAAUCCAACUUCUCUCUCACCCCUCCCACCCGUUCCAAUCCAACUUCUCUCUCACCCCUCCCACCCGUUCCAAUCCAACUUCUCUCUCACCCCUCCCACCCGUUCCAAUCCAACUUCUCUCUCACCCCUCCCACCCGUUCCAAUCCAACUUCUCUCUCACCCCUCCCACCCGUUCCAAUCCAACUUCUCUCUCACCCCUCCCACCCGUUCCAAUCCAACUUCUCUCUCACCCCUCCCACCCGUUCCAAUCCAACUUCUCUCUCACCCCUCCCACCCGUUCCAAUCCAACUUCUCUCUCACCCCUCCCACCCGUUCCAAUCCAACUUCUCUCUCACCCCUCCCACCCGUUCCAAUCCAACUUCUCUCUCACCCCUCCCACCCGUUCCAAUCCAACUUCUCUCUCACCCCUCCCACCCGUUCCAAUCCAACUUCUCUCUCACCCCUCCCACCCGUUCCAAUCCAACUUCUCUCUCACCCCUCCCACCCGUUCCAAUCCAACUUCUCUCUCACCCCUCCCACCCGUUCCAAUCCAACUUCUCUCUCACCCCUCCCACCCGUUCCAAUCCAACUUCUCUCUCACCCCUCCCACCCGUUCCAAUCCAACUUCUCUCUCACCCCUCCCACCCGUUCCAAUCCAACUUCUCUCUCACCCCUCCCACCCGUUCCAAUCCAACUUCUCUCUCACCCCUCCCACCCGUUCCAAUCCAACUUCUCUCUCACCCCUCCCACCCGUUCCAAUCCAACUUCUCUCUCACCCCUCCCACCCGUUCCAAUCCAACUUCUCUCUCACCCCUCCCACCCGUUCCAAUCCAACUUCUCUCUCACCCCUCCCACCCGUUCCAAUCCAACUUCUCUCUCACCCCUCCCACCCGUUCCAAUCCAACUUCUCUCUCACCCCUCCCACCCGUUCCAAUCCAACUUCUCUCUCACCCCUCCCACCCGUUCCAAUCCAACUUCUCUCUCACCCCUCCCACCCGUUCCAAUCCAACUUCUCUCUCACCCCUCCCACCCGUUCCAAUCCAACUUCUCUCUCACCCCUCCCACCCGUUCCAAUCCAACUUCUCUCUCACCCCUCCCACCCGUUCCAAUCCAACUUCUCUCUCACCCCUCCCACCCGUUCCAAUCCAACUUCUCUCUCACCCCUCCCACCCGUUCCAAUCCAACUUCUCUCUCACCCCUCCCACCCGUUCCAAUCCAACUUCUCUCUCACCCCUCCCACCCGUUCCAAUCCAACUUCUCUCUCACCCCUCCCACCCGUUCCAAUCCAACUUCUCUCUCACCCCUCCCACCCGUUCCAAUCCAACUUCUCUCUCACCCCUCCCACCCGUUCCAAUCCAACUUCUCUCUCACCCCUCCCACCCGUUCCAAUCCAACUUCUCUCUCACCCCUCCCACCCGUUCCAAUCCAACUUCUCUCUCACCCCUCCCACCCGUUCCAAUCCAACUUCUCUCUCACCCCUCCCACCCGUUCCAAUCCAACUUCUCUCUCACCCCUCCCACCCGUUCCAAUCCAACUUCUCUCUCACCCCUCCCACCCGUUCCAAUCCAACUUCUCUCUCACCCCUCCCACCCGUUCCAAUCCAACUUCUCUCUCACCCCUCCCACCCGUUCCAAUCCAACUUCUCUCUCACCCCUCCCACCCGUUCCAAUCCAACUUCUCUCUCACCCCUCCCACCCGUUCCAAUCCAACUUCUCUCUCACCCCUCCCACCCGUUCCAAUCCAACUUCUCUCUCACCCCUCCCACCCGUUCCAAUCCAACUUCUCUCUCACCCCUCCCACCCGUUCCAAUCCAACUUCUCUCUCACCCCUCCCACCCGUUCCAAUCCAACUUCUCUCUCACCCCUCCCACCCGUUCCAAUCCAACUUCUCUCUCACCCCUCCCACCCGUUCCAAUCCAACUUCUCUCUCACCCCUCCCACCCGUUCCAAUCCAACUUCUCUCUCACCCCUCCCACCCGUUCCAAUCCAACUUCUCUCUCACCCCUCCCACCCGUUCCAAUCCAACUUCUCUCUCACCCCUCCCACCCGUUCCAAUCCAACUUCUCUCUCACCCCUCCCACCCGUUCCAAUCCAACUUCUCUCUCACCCCUCCCACCCGUUCCAAUCCAACUUCUCUCUCACCCCUCCCACCCGUUCCAAUCCAACUUCUCUCUCACCCCUCCCACCCGUUCCAAUCCAACUUCUCUCUCACCCCUCCCACCCGUUCCAAUCCAACUUCUCUCUCACCCCUCCCACCCGUUCCAAUCCAACUUCUCUCUCACCCCUCCCACCCGUUCCAAUCCAACUUCUCUCUCACCCCUCCCACCCGUUCCAAUCCAACUUCUCUCUCACCCCUCCCACCCGUUCCAAUCCAACUUCUCUCUCACCCCUCCCACCCGUUCCAAUCCAACUUCUCUCUCACCCCUCCCACCCGUUCCAAUCCAACUUCUCUCUCACCCCUCCCACCCGUUCCAAUCCAACUUCUCUCUCACCCCUCCCACCCGUUCCAAUCCAACUUCUCUCUCACCCCUCCCACCCGUUCCAAUCCAACUUCUCUCUCACCCCUCCCACCCGUUCCAAUCCAACUUCUCUCUCACCCCUCCCACCCGUUCCAAUCCAACUUCUCUCUCACCCCUCCCACCCGUUCCAAUCCAACUUCUCUCUCACCCCUCCCACCCGUUCCAAUCCAACUUCUCUCUCACCCCUCCCACCCGUUCCAAUCCAACUUCUCUCUCACCCCUCCCACCCGUUCCAAUCCAACUUCUCUCUCACCCCUCCCACCCGUUCCAAUCCAACUUCUCUCUCACCCCUCCCACCCGUUCCAAUCCAACUUCUCUCUCACCCCUCCCACCCGUUCCAAUCCAACUUCUCUCUCACCCCUCCCACCCGUUCCAAUCCAACUUCUCUCUCACCCCUCCCACCCGUUCCAAUCCAACUUCUCUCUCACCCCUCCCACCCGUUCCAAUCCAACUUCUCUCUCACCCCUCCCACCCGUUCCAAUCCAACUUCUCUCUCACCCCUCCCACCCGUUCCAAUCCAACUUCUCUCUCACCCCUCCCACCCGUUCCAAUCCAACUUCUCUCUCACCCCUCCCACCCGUUCCAAUCCAACUUCUCUCUCACCCCUCCCACCCGUUCCAAUCCAACUUCUCUCUCACCCCUCCCACCCGUUCCAAUCCAACUUCUCUCUCACCCCUCCCACCCGUUCCAAUCCAACUUCUCUCUCACCCCUCCCACCCGUUCCAAUCCAACUUCUCUCUCACCCCUCCCACCCGUUCCAAUCCAACUUCUCUCUCACCCCUCCCACCCGUUCCAAUCCAACUUCUCUCUCACCCCUCCCACCCGUUCCAAUCUCUUCCACUCUCUCACCUUCCCCCAACUUCCUCUCUCUCUACCCCUCCCACCCGUUCCAAUCCAACUUCUCUCUCACCCCUCCCACCCGUUCCAAUCCAACUUCUCUCUCACCCCUCCCACCCGUUCCAAUCCAACUUCUCUCUCACCCCUCCCACCCGUUCCAAUCCAACUUCUCUCUCACCCCUCCCACCCGUUCCAAUCCAACUUCUCUCUCACCCCUCCCACCCGUUCCAAUCCAACUUCUCUCUCACCCCUCCCACCCGUUCCAAUCCAACUUCUCUCUCACCCCUCCCACCCGUUCCAAUCCAACUUCUCUCUCACCCCUCCCACCCGUUCCAAUCCAACUUCUCUCUCACCCCUCCCACCCGUUCCAAUCCAACUUCUCUCUCACCCCUCCCACCCGUUCCAAUCCAACUUCUCUCUCACCCCUCCCACCCGUUCCAAUCCAACUUCUCUCUCACCCCUCCCACCCGUUCCAAUCCAACUUCUCUCUCACCCCUCCCACCCGUUCCAAUCCAACUUCUCUCUCACCCCUCCCACCCGUUCCAAUCCAACUUCUCUCUCACCCCUCCCACCCGUUCCAAUCCAACUUCUCUCUCACCCCUCCCACCCGUUCCAAUCCAACUUCUCUCUCACCCCUCCCACCCGUUCCAAUCCAACUUCUCUCUCACCCCUCCCACCCGUUCCAAUCCAACUUCUCUCUCACCCCUCCCACCCGUUCCAAUCCAACUUCUCUCUCACCCCUCCCACCCGUUCCAAUCCAACUUCUCUCUCACCCCUCCCACCCGUUCCAAUCCAACUUCUCUCUCACCCCUCCCACCCGUUCCAAUCCAACUUCUCUCUCACCCCUCCCACCCGUUCCAAUCCAACUUCUCUCUCACCCCUCCCACCCGUUCCAAUCCAACUUCUCUCUCACCCCUCCCACCCGUUCCAAUCCAACUUCUCUCUCACCCCUCCCACCCGUUCCAAUCCAACUUCUCUCUCACCCCUCCCACCCGUUCCAAUCCAACUUCUCUCUCACCCCUCCCACCCGUUCCAAUCCAACUUCUCUCUCACCCCUCCCACCCGUUCCAAUCCAACUUCUCUCUCACCCCUCCCACCCGUUCCAAUCCAACUUCUCUCUCACCCCUCCCACCCGUUCCAAUCCAACUUCUCUCUCACCCCUCCCACCCGUUCCAAUCCAACUUCUCUCUCACCCCUCCCACCCGUUCCAAUCCAACUUCUCUCUCACCCCUCCCACCCGUUCCAAUCCAACUUCUCUCUCACCCCUCCCACCCGUUCCAAUCCAACUUCUCUCUCACCCCUCCCACCCGUUCCAAUCCAACUUCUCUCUCACCCCUCCCACCCGUUCCAAUCCAACUUCUCUCUCACCCCUCCCACCCGUUCCAAUCCAACUUCUCUCUCACCCCUCCCACCCGUUCCAAUCCAACUUCUCUCUCACCCCUCCCACCCGUUCCAAUCCAACUUCUCUCUCACCCCUCCCACCCGUUCCAAUCCAACUUCUCUCUCACCCCUCCCACCCGUUCCAAUCCAACUUCUCUCUCACCCCUCCCACCCGUUCCAAUCCAACUUCUCUCUCACCCCUCCCACCCGUUCCAAUCCAACUUCUCUCUCACCCCUCCCACCCGUUCCAAUCCAACUUCUCUCUCACCCCUCCCACCCGUUCCAAUCCAACUUCUCUCUCACCCCUCCACCCUGUCUCCAAUCCACAACUUCUCUCUCACCCCUCCCACCCGUUCCAAUCCAACUUCUCUCUCACCCCUCCCACCCGUUCCAAUCCAACUUCUCUCUCACCCCUCCCACCCGUUCCAAUCCAACUUCUCUCUCACCCCUCCACCCGUUCCAAUCCAACUUCUCUCUCACCCCUCCCACCCGUCUCAAUCAACUUCUCUCUCACCCCUCCCACCGUUCCAAUCCAACUUCUCUCUCACCCCUCCCACCCGUUCCAAUCCAACUUCUCUCUCACCCCUCCCACCCGUUCCAAUCCAACUUCUCUCCUAACCCCUCCCACCCGUUCCAAUCCAACUUCUCUCUCACCCCCUCCCACCCGUUCCAAUCCAACUUCUCUCUCCCCCCUCCCACCCGUUCCAAUCCCACUUCUCUCUCACCCCUCCCACCCGUUCCAAUCCAACUUCUCUCUCCACCCCUCCCACCCGUUCCAAUCCAACUUCUCUCUCACCCCUCCCACCCGUUCCAAUCCAACUUUCUCUCACCCUCCCACCCGUUCCAAUCCAACUUCUCUCUCACCCCUCCCACCCGUUCCAAUCCAACUUCUCUCUCACCCCUCCCACCCGUUCCAAUCCAACUUCUCUCUCACCCCUCCCACCCGUUCCCCACCCGUUCCAAUCCAACUUCUCUCUCACCCCUCCCACCCGUUCCAAUCCAACUUCUCUCUCACCCCUCCCACCCGUUCCAAUCCAACUUCUCUCUCACCCCUCCCACCCCGUUUCCAAUCCAACUUCUCUCUCACCCCCUCCACCCGUUCCAAUCCAACUUCUCUCUCACCCCUCCCACCCGUUCCAAUCCAACUUCUCUCUCACCCCUCCCACCCGUUCCAAUCCAACUUCUCUCUCACCCCUCCCACCCGUUCCAAUCCAACUUCUCUCUCACCCCUCCCACCCGUUCCAAUCCAACUUCUCUCUCACCCUCCCACCCGUUCCAAUCCAACUUCUCUCUCACCCCUCCACCCGUUCCAAUCAACUUCUCUCUCACCCCUCCCACCCGUUCCAAUCCAACUUCUCUCUCACCCCUCCCACCCGUUCCAAUCCAACUUCUCUCUCACCCCUCCCACCCGUUCCAAUCCAACUUCUCUCUCACCCCUCCCACCCGUUUCCAAUCCAACUUCUCUCUCACCCCUCCCACCCGUUCCAAUCCAAACUUCUCUCUCACCCCUCCCACCCGUUCCAAUCCAACUUCUCUCUCACCCCUCCCACCCGUUCCAAUCCAACUUCUCUCUCACCCCUCCCACCCGUUUCCAAUCCAACUUCUCUCUCACCCCUCCCACCCGUUCCAAUCCAACUUCUCUCUCACCCCUCCCACCCGUUCCAAUCCAACUUCUCUCUCACCCCUCCCACCCGUUCCAAUCCAACUUCUCUCUCCACCCCUCCCACCCGUUCCAAUCCAACUUCUCUCUCACCCCUCCCACCCGUUCCAAUCCAACUUCUCUCUCACCCCCCCCACCCGUUCCAAUCCAACUUCUCUCUCACCCCUCCCACCCGUUCCAAUCCAACUUCUCUCUCACCCCUCCCACCGUUCCAAUCCAACUUCUCUCUCACCCCUCCCACCCGUUCCAAUCCAACUUCUCUCUCACCCCUCCCACCCGUUCCAAUCCAACUUCUCUCUCACCCCUCCCACCCGUUCCAAUCCAACUUCUCUCUCACCCCUCCCCCCCGUUCCAAUCCAACUUCUCUCUCACCCCUCCCACCCGUUCAAUCCAACUUCUCUCUCACCCCUCCCACCCGUUCCAAUCCAACUUCUCUCUCACCCCUCCCACCCGUUCCAAUCUCUCAACCCUUCCACCCGUUCCAUCUUCUCACCCCUCCCACCCGUUCCAAUCCAACUUCUCUCUCACCCCUCCCACCCGUUCCAAUCCAACUUCUCUCUCACCCCUCCCACCCGUUCCAAUCCAACUUCUCUCUCACCCCUCCCACCCGUUCCAAUCCAACUUCUCUCUCACCCCUCCCACCCGUUCCAAUCCAACUUCUCUCUCCCCCCUCCCACCCGUUCCAAUCCAACUUCUCUCUCACCCCUCCCACCCGUUCCAAUCCAACUUCUCUCUCACCCCUCCCACCCGUUCCAAUCCAACUUCUCUCUCACCCCUCCCACCCCUUCUCUCUCACCCCUCCCACCCGUUCCAAUCCAACUUCUCUCUCACCCUCCCACCCGUUCCAAUCCAACUUCUCUCUCACCCCUCCCACCCGUUCCAAUCCAACUUCUCUCUCACCCCUCCCACCCGUUCCAAUCCAACUUCUCUCUCACCCCUCCCACCCGUUCCAAUCCAACUUCUCUCUCACCCCUCCCACCCGUUCCAAUCCAACUUCUCUCUCACCCCUCCCACCCGUUCCAAUCCAACUUUCUCUCUCACCCCUCCCACCCGUUCCAAUCCAACUUCUCUCUCACCCCUCCCACCCGUUCCAAUCCAACUUCUCUCUCACCCCUCCCACCCGUUCCAAUCCAACUUCUCUCUCACCCCUCCCACCCGUUCCAAUCCAACUUCUCUCUCACCCCUCCCACCCGUUCCAAUCCAACUUCUCUCUCACCCCUCCCACCCGUUCCAAUCCAACUUCUCUCUCACCCCUCCCACCCGUUUCCAAUCCAACUUCUCUCUCACCCCUCCCACCCGUUCCAAUCCAACUUCUCUCUCACCCCUCCCACCCGUUCCAAUCCAACUUCUCUCUCACCCCUCCCACCCGUUCCAAUCCAACUUCUCUCUCACCCCUCCCACCCGUUCCAAUCCAACUUCUCUCUCACCCCUCCCACCCGUUCCAAUCCAACUUCUCUCUCACCCCUCCCACCCGUUCCAAUCCAACUUCUCUCUCACCCCUCCCACCCGUUCCAAUCCAACUUCUCUCUCACCCCUCCCACCCGUUCCAAUCCAACUUCUCUCUCACCCCUCCCACCCGUUCCAAUCCAACUUCUCUCUCACCCCUCCCACCCGUUCCAAUCCAACUUCUCUCUCACCCCUCCCACCCGUUCCAAUCCAACUUCUCUCUCACCCCUCCCACCCGUUCCAAUCCAACUUCUCUCUCACCCCUCCCACCCGUUCCAAUCCAACUUCUCUCUCACCCCUCCCACCCGUUCCAAUCCAACUUCUCUCUCACCCCUCCCACCCGUUCCAAUCCAACUUCUCUCUCACCCCUCCCACCCGUUCCAAUCCAACUUCUCUCUCACCCCUCCCACCCGUUCCAAUCCAACUUCUCUCUCACCCCUCCCACCCGUUCCAAUCCAACUUCUCUCUCACCCCUCCCACCGUUCCAAUCCAACUUCUCUCUCACCCCUCCCACCCGUUCCAAUCCAACUUCUCUCUCACCCCUCCCACCCGUUCCAAUCCAACUUCUCUCUCACCCCUCCCACCCGUUUCCAAUCCAACUUCUCUCUCACCCCUCCCACCCGUUCCAAUCCAACUUCUCUCUCACCCCUCCCACCCGUUCCAUAUCACUUCUCUCUCAACCUCCCACCCGUUCCAAUCCACUUCUCUCUCACCCCUCCCACCCGUUCCAAUCCAACUUCUCUCCUCACCCCUCCCACCCCGUUCCAAUCCAACUUCUCUUCUCACCCCUCCCACCCGUUCCAAUCCAACUUCUCUCUCACCCCUCCACCCGUUCCAAUCCAGCUUCCUCUCUCACCCCCUCCCACCCGUUCCAAUCCAACUUCUCUCUCACCCCUCCCACCCGUUCCAAUCCCAACUUCUCUCUCACCCCUCCCACCCGUUCCAAUCCCAACUUCUCUCUCACCCCUCCCACCCGUUCCAAUCCAACUUCUCUCUCACCCCUCCCACCCGUUCCAAUCCAACUUCUCUCUCACCCCUCCCACCCGUUCCAAUCCAACUUCUCUCUCACCCCUCCCACCCGUUCCAAUCCAACUUCUCUCUCACCCCUCCCACCCGUUCCAAUCCAACUUCUCUCUCACCCCUCCCACCCGUUCCAAUCCAACUUCUCUCUCACCCCUCCCACCCGUUCCAAUCCAACUUCUCUCUCACCCCUCCCACCCGUUCCAAUCCAACUUCUCUCUCACCCCUCCCACCCGUUCCAAUCCAACUUCUCUCUCACCCCUCCCACCCGUUCCAAUCCAACUUCUCUCUCACCCCUCCCACCCGUUCCAAUCCAACUUCUCUCUCACCCCUCCCACCCGUUCCAAUCCAACUUCUCUCUCACCCCCCUCCACCCGUUCCAAUCCAACUUCUCUCUCACCCCUCCACCCGUUCCAAUCCAACUUCUCUCUCACCCCUCCCACCCGUUCCAAUCCAACUUCUCUCUCACCCCUCCCCACCGUUCCAAUCCAACUUCUCUCUCACCCCUCCCACCCGUUCCAAUCCAACUUCUCUCUCACCCCUCCCACCCUUUCCAAUCCAACUUCUCUCUCACCCCUCCCACCCGUUCCAAUCCAACUUCUCUCUCACCCCUCCCACCCGUUCCAACCAACUUCUCUCUCACCCCUCCCACCCGCUUUCCAAUCCAACUUCUCUCUCACCCCUCCCACCCGUUCCAAUCCAACUUCUCUCUCACCCCUCCCACCCGUUCCAAUCCAACUUCUCUCUCACCCCUCCCACCCGCUUCCAAUCCACUUCUUCUCUCACCCUCCCACCCGUUCCAAUCCAACUUCUCUCUCACCCCUCCCACCCGUUCCAAUCCAACUUCUCUCUCACCCCUCCCACACCCGUUCCAAUCCAACUUCUCUCUCACCCCUCCCACCCGUUCCAAUCCAACUUCUGCUCUUCACCCAUCCCCACCCGUUUCCAUCCAACUUCCUCUCCCCUCCCACCCGUUCCAAUCCAACUUCUCUCUCACCCCUCCCACCCGUUCCAAUCCAACUUCUCUCUCACCCCUCCCACCCUUCCAAUCCAACUCUCUCUCACCCCUCCCACCCGUUCCAAUCCAACUUCUCUCUCACCCCUCCCACCCGUUCCAAUCCAACUUCUCUCUCACACCCCUCCCACCCGUUCCAAUCCAACUUCUCUCUCACCCCUCCCACCCGUUCCAAUCCAACUUCUCUCUCACCCUCCCACCCGUUCCAAUCCAACUUCUCUCUCACCCCUCCCACCCGUUCCAAUCCAACUUCUCUCUCACCCCUCCCACCCGUUCCAAUCCAACUUCUCUCUCCCUCCCACCCCGUUCCAAUCCAACUUCUCUCUCACCCCUCCCACCCGUUCCAAUCCAACUUCUCUCUCACCCCUCCACCCGUUCCAAUCCAACUUCUCUCUCACCCCUCCCACCCGUUCCAAUCCAACUUCUCUCUCACCCUCCCACCCGUUCCAAUCCAACUUCUCUCUCACCCCUCCCACCCGUUCCAAUCCAACUUCUCUCUCACCCCUCCCACCCGUUCCAAUCCAACUUCUCUCUCACCCUCCCACCCGUUCAAUCCAACUUCUCUCUCACCCCUCCCACCGUUCCAAUCCAACUUCUCUCUCACCCCUCCCACCCGUUCCAAUCCAACUUCUCUCUCACCCCUCCCACCCGUUCCAAUCCAACUUCUCUCUCACCCCUCCCACCCGUUCCAAUCCAACUUCUCUCUCACCCCUCCCACCCGUUCCAAUCCAACUUCUCUCUCACCCCUCCCACCCGUUCCAAUCCAACUUCUCUCUCACCCUCCCCCCGUUCCAAUCCAACUUCUCUCUCACCCCUCCCACCCGUUCCAAUCCAACUUCUCUCUCACCCCUCCCACCCGUUCCAAUCCAACUUCUCUCUCACCCCUCCCACCCCGUUCCAAUCCAACUUCUCUCUCACCCCUCCCACCCGUUCCAAUCCAACUUCUCUCUCACCCCUCCCACCCGUUCCAAUCCAACUUCUCUCUCACCCCUCCCACCCGUUCCAAUCCAACUUCUCUCUCACCCCUCCCACCCGUUCCAAUCCAACUUCUCUCUCACCCCUCCCACCCGUUCCAAUCCAACUUCUCUCUCACCCCUCCCACCCGUUCCAAUCCAACUUCUCUCUCACCCCUCCCACCCGUUCCAAUCCAACUUCUCUCUCACCUCCCACCCGUUCCAAUCCACUUCUCUCUCACCCCUCCCACCCGUUCCAAUCCAACUUCUCUCUCACCCCUCCCACCCGUUCCAAUCCAACUUCUCUCUCACCCCUCCCACCCGUUCCAAUCCAACUUCUCUCUCACCCCUCCCACCCGUUCAAUCCAACUUCUCUCUCACCCCUCCCACCCGUUCCAAUCCAACUUCUCUCUCACCCCUCCCACCCGUUCCAAUCCACUUCUCUCUCACCCCUCCCACCCGUUCCAAUCCACUUCUCUCUCACCCCUCCCACCCGUUCCCCCUCCCCCAAUCCAACUUCUCUCUCACCCCUCCCCCCGUUCCAAUCCAACUUCUCUCUCACCCCUCCCACCCGUUCCAAUCCAACUUCUCUCUCACCCCUCCCACCGUUCCAAUCCAACUUCUCUCUCACCCCUCCCACCCGUUCCAAUCCAACUUCUCUCUCACCCUCCCACCCGUUCCAAUCCAACUUCUCUCUCACCCCUCCCACCCGUUCCAAUCCAACUUCUCUCUCACCCCUCCCACCCGUUCCAAUCCACUUCUCUCUCACCCCUCCCACCCGUUCCAAUCCAACUUCUCUCUCACCCCUCCCACCCGUUCCAAUCCAACUUCUCUCUCACCCCUCCCACCCGUUCCAAUCCAACUUCUCUCUCACCCCUCCCACCCGUUCCAAUCCAACUUCUCUCUCACCCCUCCCACCCGUUCCAAUCCAACUUCUCUCUCACCCCUCCACCCGUUCCAAUCCAACUUCUCUCUCACCCCUCCCACCCGUUCCAAUCCAACUUCUCUCUCACCCCUCCCACCGUUCCAAUCCAACUUCUCUCUCACCCCUCCCACCCGUUCCAAUCCAACUUCUCUCUCACCCUCCCACCCGUUCCAAUCCAACUUCUCUCUCACCCCUCCCACCCGUUCCAAUCCAACUUCUCUCUCACCCCUCCCACCCGUUCAAUCCAACUUCUCUCUCACCCCUCCCACCCGUUCCAAUCCAACUUCUCUCUCACCCCUCCCACCCGUUCCAAUCCAACUUCUCUCUCACCCCUCCCACCCGUUCCAAUCCAACUUCUCUCUCACCCCUCCCACCCGUUCCAAUCCAACUUCUCUCUCACCCCUCCCACCCGUUCCAAUCCAACUUCUCUCUCACCCCUCCCACCCGUUCCAAUCCAACUUCUCUCUCACCCCUCCCACCCGUUCCAAUCCAACUUCUCUCUCACCCCUCCCACCCGUUCCAAUCCAACUUCUCUCUCACCCUCCCACCCGUUCCAAUCCAACUUCUCUCUCACCCCUCCCACCCGUUCCAAUCCAACUUCUCUCUCACCCCUCCCACCCGUUCCAAUCCAACUUCUCUCUCCACCUCCCACCCGUUCCAAUCCAACUUCUCUCUCACCCCUCCCACCCGUUCCAAUCCAACUUCUCUCUCACCCCUCCCACCCGUUCCAAUCCAACUUCUCUCUCACCCCUCCCACGUUCCAUCCAACUUCUCUCUCACCCCUCCCACCCGUUCCAAUCCAACUUCUCUCUCACCCCUCCACCCGUUCCAAUCCAACUCUCUCUCACCCCUCCCACCCGUUCCAAUCCAACUUCUCUCUCACCCCUCCCACCCGUUCCAAUCCAACUUCUCUCUCACCCCUCCCACCCGUUCCAAUCCAACUUCUCUCUCACCCCUCCCACCCCGUUCCAAUCCAACUUCUCUCUCACCCCCUCCACCCGUUCCAAUCCAACUUCUCUCUCACCCCUCCCACCCGUUCCAAUCCAACUUCUCUCUCACCCCUCCCACCCGUUCCAAUCCACUUCUCUCUCACCCCUCCCACCCGUUCCAAUCCAACUUCUCUCUCCCCCCACCCCUCCACCCGUUCCAAUCCAACUUCUCUCUCACCCCUCCCACCCGUUCCAAUCCAACUUCUCUCUCACCCCUCCCACCCGUUCCAAUCCAACUUCUCUCUCACCCUCCCACCCGUUCCAAUCCAACUUCUCUCUCACCCCUCCCACCCGUUCCAAUCCAACUUCUCUCUCACCCUCCCACCCGUUCCAAUCCAACUUCUCUCUCACCCCUCCCACCCGUUCCAAUCCAACUUCUCUCUCACCCCUCCCACCCGUUCCAAUCCAACUUCUCUCUCCACCCCUCCCACCCGUUCCAAUCCAACUUCUCUCUCACCCCUCCCACCCGUUCCAAUCCAACUUCUCUCUCACCCCUCCCACCCGUUCCAAUCCAACUUCUCUCUCACCCCUCCCACCCGUUCCAAUCCAACUUCUCUCUCACCCCUCCCACCCGUUCCAAUCCAACUUCUCUCUCACCCUCCCACCCGUUCCAAUCCAACUUCUCUCUCACCCCUCCCACCCGUUCCAAUCCAACUUCUCUCUCACCCCUCCCACCC